CGUCCACCACAAAGACAGAAGCUACACCAAAGCCAUCUUUAGGAGAACUUUCCAUCUCUGAGGCCACCAGCAACUCUGUCCGUCUCUCUUGGACCAUCUCCACGGGGAGCUUUGACUCCUUCCUGCUCCAAUAUAAAGAUGAGGAGGGCAGAACCCAAACACUGACUGUAGAGGGAGAUUCGCACGAAGUCACCGUUUUGAAUCUGGCUCCAUUCCACAAGUACAAGUUCAACCUUUAUGGAAUUUCUGGUCCAAAACGUAUUGGUCCCAUUUCUUCUGAAGCCACCACAGCUGAACCAAAGGAGGAGGGGGAAGAAGAAAAAAAGGAGGAAGAUGGGGAGAAUCAGCCUAGCUUGGGUGAACUGUCUAUCUCUGAAACCACCAGCGAUUCUUUUCUCCUUUCCUGGAGUGUCCCAACUGGGAGCUUCGACUCCUUCCUGGUUCAAUAUGAAGAUGGCGGUCUGCAGAGCUUGCCUGUGGAUGGGGCUUCCCGUGAAACGAUGGUCUCCAGCCUGACUCCAUUGCGCAGUUACCAGUUCGACCUCUACGGCAUCUCCGGUGGCAAACGCCUGGGGCCCAUUUCCGCCAAGGCCUUAACAGCUCCGCUACCUCUACAUCAGGGCACAAAGGAGCGUGGCUCUCCCAGCCCAUCUCCAAAUCCCAGUUUUGGGGAGCUCUCUGUGUCUGAUGUCACCAGCAACUCUGCCCGCCUCUCUUGGAACGUCCCUGCGGAGACCUUUGACUCCUUCCAGAUCCAAUACAAAGAUGCGGAAAACAAACCACAAAUGGUCCCUGUGGACAAGGAAACCAACACCUUUGUGAUCUAUUAUCUGGUACCUUCCCAUAGGUACAAGUUCAAUCUGUACGGCAUCUCCGGACGCAGGCGCUUUGGACCAAUCACUGCCAGUACUGUCACAGCACCAGCAGACAAUGAGAAGCCAUCAGGUAUGCCUGGAGAGGUGAACCAGGAGGUCUCCGCUGGAAUAAGCCCCCGCUUGGGCAUGCUCUCAGUCUCAGAGGUCACCAGUCAUUCAGCCCAGUUAUCCUGGACUGUCCCAGAGGGAAGCUUUGAUUCUUUCUCAGUCCAGUACAAAGAUGCUGAAGGAAGACCCCAAGCGCUUCCUUUAAGGGGAGACUUCCGUGAUGUCAUCGUUUCCAACCUAUCCCCUUCUCACAAGUACAAGUUCAAUCUUUAUGGUAUCUUCGGAAAACAGCGCCUGGGACCAGUCUCUGCCCAAGUGAUCACAACAGGUUAG